UUUAAUGACUGCAAGGGUAUAUAAGCUUUGGCUUGUUUUCUUGUUUUAUUAUAAAAUUACCUUAAUAAAGCCUUAAUGAAUUUUACUCGACAUUUGUGAUGACUGCAAGGGUAUAAAAGCUACGGCAAGCCGAAGCUAGCUUCUUUUCUCGUUUAAACAUCAGACAAAGAUGCGCUAUGAAAUCGUGUGUUCUUUUAAGCUUAAUGAUAUUUAAAUUAUAAUUGCUUUAUGAAACGGCAUUCUGGCUUGAUUGCCAGCCGAUUUUGCAUUAAUUAUUCAUAAGUGGGAAUUUAAAUGACUAAAAACCCAUGGUUGCAUAAUGCUCGCACGACGAAUAAGCCGGCUUUAGAAGUGUUCUGCUCAUAUAACAUUACAGCUUCUGACUAGUCGGACGUUGGUCGUUGCUCAUUUUAGCUCUCAGAAUAAAAUCUUUAGAAAUUUGAAAUGUUUUACAAAACGCUGGUGCUUUGUUUGGCUUUUCUUGUUCUCAUCCCGGAAAAUGGAUUUGCCAGGGAAUAUCAGUUUAUACCCGCUCGAUGUGACGAACAGGUAAGCGUCGAGCAUAAAAUCGGUGGUUCGUUAAGCAUAUGCACGUUUCCACCGAAACACCAAGCGCCAAAUUCAGAAGACAUUCAGGCGGUGAUCAAACACAUUCAAAGUUUGAAAUUGAAUUGAAACACUCAGAACACGAAUAGUUACAACGUUUAGAGAACUAUACAUUUUAUAUGCAUCAAGUCGCGCUCGGGUUAAUGAAAUUAAUAAAAUUAGCUAUAACUUUGUAUCUUAA